AGGAAUUUUUUAACGAAAUUUUACAGUUCAUUUUUAAUUUCACUGGAUUAUGAAAACAAUUUUUCACAAAAAAAAUUUAUCUUUGCUGUUGAUAUUUGAAUUUUUGUAAUACAAAGAUAAAACCUUAGAUGUAAGAAUAGAAACAAUUGUACAGGUUCUGAAAGAUUAUUUUAAUUUUUAUAUGUAAAGAGAAGAUGUACAGUCGAAAAUAGUCUUUUAAAGUGUAUAUAGUAACUGUGUACUAUAUAUAAUUUUCGAAAUGUAUUCUAGUCCAUUGUUAAAAGCCUCAAUUUAUCAAGUCUUCAAUAUUCUUUUUUUUAUUAUUUUUAUUCGUCUUAUUUUCAUAUAUUUCAUAUAUUUCUUAUAUUUAAAAAUUGUAAAAUUAGCUUUAAAUAGUUUAUAAGUAGAAGUACACAAAAUAUUUUCGUAUUUUUUUGAUAGAUGUGACGUGAGAAAAUAUAUUUCUAUCACUGAUUUGAAAAAGUGUUUUUUGAUUUUGGGAAUUUUUAAUUUUUGGCAACAUUUUUGUUUUUAAUCGCACGAAGGAAGAAAUUUCAUUUUCUUUUGUUUUUUUUUAGUUUCCAGAAGGUAAACAAAGGACUUGGUUAUAAUUUUUAUCAUUUUGCUCAUUUUGCUAAUUGAAUAUUAUGGAAAAUGUUUUCAGUUCGUUGAAAAUUUCAUUUAAUUGUGAAUGAAAUGUACAUUUUGUGAAAUUUAUUAAAUGAGAUUUUUCAGUAAAGAAAUUAGGUGAUGAAUGGGUCAUGAACAGAUGUAAAGAUCAACAGGGAAUGCAAGUACAUCGCGAGAGGGAUGAACAAGAGGCUUUGAAAUUGGACGAAUAUUUUAAAGAAAUAUUAGCACAAGUGAGACCUUAUAUUGUUAAUUUAACAUCGAAAAAGGACGCACAACUCUGUAAAGUAUGGCUCGAGAAGUUGAAUUCAAUUUCCGAUCAACGACAAAUAAGAAAUAGGUAUUUAUUGGAACUUUAUCGCCAACUCAGUUUUGGACAAAUUAAAAGUGUCUUUCGGAAUCCACCGCCAAAUGGAAAUUUAAUUCCGCUGCCAAUUCAACAUCGAGAGUUUAAUUCGACUUCGUCCUUGACAGACAUCACGGAUUCGAGUUCUGCUUCUUAUUAUUUAAAAGUGGAACCAAAUUUCAAAAACAAUCGUCGAAGAUAUUCGAAGAGUAGAGCUACGAUAAGAAAUCGAAAUAAAGACACAACGAGCGACACAUCGCUACCAUUUCUCGAUGACGAACAAGUGGAUCAAGUUAAAUUGCAAUUUUACAGACAAAAAAUUGAAGCACUAACUGACAUUGUCCAGGAAUUACAAAUUCAGAAUGAAAAACUCGGCGAUGAAUUAUUUCAAUGUAAGGAAAAAGUUUCCAACUCUGAAUCUUCCCUGCGAAUUAAAGUCAAACAGAUGACGGAGGAGAUUUCAAUCCUAAAAAAUAAACUCAAAGAAGUGCAACAAAUGAAAAAUGUUUUGGAAGAAAAUCAUCAGACAAUUGUUCAACAGUACCAAGAAACGAUGAGCAAUCAAUUCAGCAAAUUAAAAACUCUAUUGGAAGAGGCACAAGGCAAAAAUGUGGAUCUAGAGGAAAAUAUAUUUUCCCUUACUCUAAAAAUAGAAGAAAUCACUAAAGAGAAGGAAGAACAGUCGAGAGUGAUGGAAAAAAAAUAUGAAACCAUUCAUAGAGAGUACGAGACAAUUUUGCAGCAGAAAGACAAAGAUUUGCAAUGCAAGGACGAAAUAAUUAAUCAAACAGGAGUGGAACUUGCGCAGAAGGAUCUGGUGAAACGAGAGGAAAUCAUUUCUCUAAUUAAUCAAAUCAAAGAGCUGGAGAGUAAAUUGGAAAUUAAAAUCCAGGAUGAAGGAAAACUGCAAAAUAUGCUAGUGAAACAAUAUACAGCAAUGAAAGAUGAAUUUGCAAAAAUGAGAAACGAUAUUGAAUUCAGAUCCCAGAAGCAAAAUGAAGAUUUGAUGAACGAAGUGGUAACGUUGAGAAAGAAUAUUUUUAAAUUGGAAAAAUCGAAAGAGCGUCUGGCGCAAAAAGUAUCUCAAAUCAUAAAGGAUAAAGAGUUAGAGAUAAAAACGCUACAAAUUCAAUUGCAAGGACAAAGAAGUGAUUUAUCGGUGUCAUUAAAUUCAGAGAAACAAAAUGAAUUGGAUUCACUGGUCGAUGUGCUGGAAAAAAGAUAUAAAGCUCUUUUAACAGCCGUCGACGCUUCAGCUGAUAAUCAUAUGCAAAAUUAUCUCAGGGUACAAAAAUUUGUUAAAUUAUUAAGUCACCGAUAUUACUAUGUUAAUAAACCCAAAUAAUAAUCAUUGAAUUAAUAAUAAUUAAAGCAAUAGAAAAUAAAAGAUAAUUUAAAGAAAGUAAUUAAC